GGAUAAAAAAAUCAAAAAUCAAAACCAAAUCUGCAGAGCAGUUCUUCGCUUCUGGGAGUUUGCAACUGUUUGCUUGAGAUCGAAUUUUUUAGUACUACGGGAUUAGGUGGAGUAUUGGGUGUCGGUUUCGGUGAACAUGGGAGAAAUGCAAUUUGGCAGGUAAAUGAACUAGGAAUUGCCGUUUGUCAUGGAACUAGAGGAGAGGAGUUGUGAAAAGAUUAUUUUGAAUGGAGAUGUGUAUCUUGGUGCUGUCAAGGGAAUGACUCCACAUGGAAAAGGUAAAUACACAUGGUUGGACGGAACAAUUUACGAGGGCGACUGGAUAGAAGGGAAAAUGACGGGAAAAGGGAAGAUAUAUUGGCCUUCACAAGCUACAUUCGAGGGUGAUUUUUCGGGGGGGUACCUUCAUGGUUUUGGAACUUUUACUGGUUCUGAAGGGUCCUUUUACCGAGGUUCUUGGAAGAUGAACUCUCAACAUGGCAUUGGAAGGAAGCAGUAUCGAAAUUCAGAUAUUUACGACGGUUGUUGGAGAGAGGGAGUGCAUGAAGGCAGUGGUAGGUAUGCAUGGAGUAGUGGCAAUGUGUAUAUUGGAACAUGGAAAAACGGAAGAAUGUCCGGUAGAGGGAUUAUGAAGUGGUUAAACGGAGAUCUUUUUGACGGAUUUUGGUCGAAUGGGUUGAGGCACGGAUCGGGCUUGUACAGAUUUGGUGAUGGAAGUUACUAUUUCGGAACAUGGUCUAAAGGACUGAAGGAUGGACCUGGAACAUUCUAUCGUGCUGGAAAUAAGCAUCUGAGCAAACUUAAUCUCGGAGGACACAAAGUCAAGAGGAGGAGACAGCUGCACAGUUAUUUAUCAAACGAGUCGGAGGAAUCUGGUUUACCUAGUGUAAACCGGACCCUUUCUGAAAAGAUUUCGUCUAGUUUUAGGAGGGAUUCCGCACGAUUUUCGCAUGGAACUACAUCACCUGAUGAUCUUAGCCGCACUGGUUCAAUGAGAGAAAUUACGUCGGAUGAGAAAUCACAAGUCGUAUCUGUCACCUCUAAUGAUGGCCGAACCGAGUUUGCAGAUAAUAGGACUUUGGCCUAUGAGAGGGAAUAUAUGCAAGGAGUCCUUAUUAAAGAAAGGAUUAGAAAUAUAACUAAACUCUCUCACAAAAGUAAGCAACGGCUCAAAUUUUCGAAAGAAGUGAAAAGGACAUCGUGCAUGGACAUAUAUAGAGGACAAAGAAGCCAUUAUCUGAUGCUUAGCUUGCAACUUGGUAUCAGGUAUACUGUUGGAAAGAUCACACCAGUUCCUAUGAGAGAAGUCAGAUCGUCUGAUUUUGGGGAGCAAGCUAGAAUAAAAAUGUUUUUUCCAAGAAAGGGUACCCAACUGACUCCUCCACACAAUUCUAUCGACUUCAACUGGAAGGAUUACUGCCCCAUGGUCUUCAGGAAUCUGAGAGAGUUGUUCAAGCUAAAUGCUGCAGACUAUAUGAUGUCUAUCUGUGGUGAUGAUGGUCUAAGAGAGCUCUCGUCACCUGGCAAAAGUGGAAGCCUUUUCUAUCUUUCUCAUGAUGAUAGAUUUGUAAUUAAGACGUUGAAAAAAUCUGAGCUGAAGGUGUUAUUGAAGAUGCUGCCUCACUAUUAUGAUCAUGUACAAGCACAUGAUAAUACCCUCAUAACUAAAUUCUUUGGGGCACACAGGAUAUCAUUGAGACAUGGAAAAAAGGUCCGCUUUGUAGUCAUGGGGAAUAUGUUCUGCACUGAAUUGCGUAUACAUCGUCGUUAUGAUUUGAAGGGCUCGUCUCAGGGGAGAUUUACAAAUAAAGACGAGAUUGAUGAGAGCACUACACUGAAAGAUCUUGAUUUGAAUUAUGAGUUUCAUAUGGAUAGAUUGUUGCGCGACUCACUUUUUAAACAAAUCUCUCUAGACUGUGGGUUUUUGGAAUCUCAACAAAUCAUAGAUUAUAGCCUUCUCCUGGGUUUGCAUUUUAGAGCUCCUGAACAUCUAAAAUCGCUUUUAGAGCCUCCUGAUGCAGAGCAGGCCGAGAAUACGAACCACAUGGUUGACGGUGUGAUCUCACAAGGAGAGCUCUUGAUUCCUCCGAGGGCUUUGCUCUUAGUAACCCACGAGCCCACCUCUGUCAGUACUGCUCCAGGCCCUCACGUACGAGGAGAUGCGUUAAAAGCCUACUCUAUUGGUAAUAAAGAAGCCGAUCUUCUUUUACCUGGUACUGGAAGGUUAAGAGUGCAACUAGGAGUGAACAUGCCAGCUCAGGCGAAUCACAAACUAAUGCAGGCCGAGACAGACUCGGCUGAAGUUGAGCUCUUCGAGGUGUACGAUGUUGUUCUCUACCUUGGCAUAAUCGAUAUAUUACAGGAAUACAAUAUGAAGAAGAAAAUAGAGCAUGCAUGUAAGUCAUUGAAGUAUGAUCAUCUUGCGAUUUCUGCCGUGGAGCCAAGUUUUUAUUCGAAACGUUUUGUUACUUUCCUAGAGAGAAUGUUUCCCAUUCAACCUUAAAAGAGUUAUCACACAUCCUGCCUUCUUGUCGCUACGCGUAAUUUUUUUGGCAAUUGUAUUGUUAAGUAAUCUAUAUAUGCACCUUAUCUAUAUAUAUGUAACUUCUGGACUUCAAUGUUAUGUCUGCAUAUUGUUAGCUGUGUUUGAGAUUCGUUCGAUUCUUGAGUUGAUGUUUUCUUGGU